GUAAAUUAAAAGAGGGGAGAAGUUAAUAAGUAGCCUAAUAUUCAUUUUUUUUCCUGGUAAGAAACAAUGUGACUGUAUUAGGCACUGCAAGAGCAAACGGACAUAGAUGUCACAUAAGAUUAAAAUGUCAUAGGGAAAAAAGUAGAAUUUUCACUUAAACUUUUUUUUUUGAUCUACAAUAAAUUCGUUCGAAUUGACUAUACCAGUAUUUAUUUUUCAAAGUCAUUCAAGUAGACGUAAGCUAGUAAACACAUGAAAUAGAAAAUGCUUUUAACGCGAAAAGCAAUAAUACUUCUAAUCUUUGUAUUAUUUGAAGAAUCAGAUGGCUAUUGCCCUACUGCUAAAGAAGGUGAGACAGUAACUUUCAUAGGAACAUUUACACAUACUCUUAAAGAUCCCGUUGAAAUAAUAUGGUCAAAGGAACUAAUAUUGUCAGAAGAAAGAAUAGAUUAUACCUACUCAAGGUGCGAUCGUCUCAGCGAAUGCCUAGAUUCAGAGGACAAGACACAAACAUCCUUGGUAUUAAAAGGCAACAACGUAUACGAGUUUUCAUUUCAAAUCAAGAAUGUAACAAAGGACGAUUUCGGCUUGUGGAAACUGAUGUACAGUGGGGUUUUGGUUUUAGAACAUGGGGAACCUUUGUACACUUGUAAUCUUGAACCGACAAUCAACAUAACGAGCCAGACAGAAAGAAAUGAAUUUUAUUUUUUAAUCAUUUCAAGCAGCAUGAGCAAAACUCUACCAUUGGUACAAUCUAAACAAGCAGACCCUAAUGAAAAUCACUGGUUUUGCAUUGAGGCAGGCCUAGUUGGUGCCAUCCUUGUGGUCACGUUGGUCAUAGUCAUCAUGAUGCUCAUUGGUGUAGGUGUCUACUGUUAUAAUUGGAGAAAAGGAAAAGAAAAAGCCGAUGACAAAUUGCCACUGAUAUCUUAAAACCCACUCACAUAAAAUCAUUAUCAAGAUUCACUACACGAUUUCAUUCUCCGUAAUUAUUUAUCUCGUUCCGUUAGUAUCAUUCGUUCUGCUUAAUUUGUGUUUCAAUGUUUAUAUUUUAUAUUGAAUUUUAGGAGAAUGCAUGCUAUAUUUACACAUCACAAAUAAAAAUGUAUAAAUCCCAAAACCAAUUUAGUUAAAUAGGAGUCAAAUCAACUUUGGCAUUGUCAAUUAGGAUAGAAAGAGUUAAAACAUUUUUUUUUAUUAUGAAUGUCUUACUAUCUGAUAGCAAUUAUACUUUUAAAAAUAAAGUGUUAAAGAUCUUUUUGAGUAAAUAUGAUUUUUCAAUUAAAUCUAUGUAAGCUAUCGAGUGUUAUUUUGUUCAAUAUCUACUACACCUAUCAAUGCCUAGAAAUGUUUAGGUCAAUUUAUUUUUUAAUUAUUGUAUUUAUAUCACUUUUCUUUCAUUACAAUUUUGUAAAAUUUUCUUGCUGUAUAAAAGUAUCCUUAGUGGGUUUUUUUCUCUCUAAGCAUUUUUUUCUGCGUCACAACUUUAGCAUUUAUGAUAAAUAUUUGAUAUGGAAAAUAUCUAUUUUUCAGGAAACCGAGGCUUAAUAACUAGCCAUUUUAAUAUUUGAAACAUUUUAAUUAUAUUUGGAUAUUUAAAAAGACGACAUAAUGCCGAAAGUGCUUGUACACACAAACAUCACAUGCACGCGCACGCGCACGCACACACAAACACAUAUUAUAUAUAUAUAUAUAUAUAUAUAUAUAUAUAUAUAUAUAUAUUAGUUGUGAUAUUAAUAUGAAAUGUCUAUUAUAUAAUAGCAAGUUAAAUAAAACAUAUUUCGACUUCAAUUCUUGCUAAACUUUUGGUCAAAUGGACACAUCCACAUACUAAAUUGAAAAAAGUUGCAUUUUCCACCAGUGAAAACUAUUGGGAAAAAUGUCAAACAUUGAGUUAAAGGAGUAAACUUUUUUUUUUAAUAAUUGAUUUACUGUUAUAAUGGUAAUCUUUAAAAAUUUAUUGUAGAUGUAAUGUAUUGGUUCCUUACACAUGUAUAUUAUUGUUUUUCUAAGAUGUCUAUGUUCUCAAUAUUGCUUUAAGAAAUAAAUCUCUUAUUGAAGUAUAUAAAUUAAACAAAAAUAUAAUCAUAUGUUAUAAAUAACUACAAUUAAUGAUUUGAAUAAUGAUGAUAUAAUAAUUUUACAUAAAUGUUACCAAAAAAAUCUUUAACUGUGUGUAUUAAUGUCAGGUGCAAACAGGUAUUGCAGAUUAGUGUACAACUAUUUCAGCUUGUUUAAUACAUAAAAAGUGAAAUAAAAACACCAUAUAUCACAAGCAGAAUACCCAUUCAUAAGCUGUUAUUGGAGAAUGAAAUUUUAUUUAUACAGUAAACAGAAGAAAUACA